AUGGGUGAACUGGACCAUGGAACAUUGUUUUCAGCUCAUAGGAUUAGUGGUGGAGACAAUUUGGCGGUUCCUGCCAGAAAUGCUCUUUGCAGCCAGAAGUACAAACCUGUUGACUACAAACAUCUGUAUGAAAUUGCUGCAGAGGCAAAAAUGGCCUCUGCACAAAUUCAGUUAAAGAUUAAAAAAGCAGAGCAACUUUCAAAAAUUAGCAAAGCGCAAAUGCUGCUGAAACAGCAUCGCCAGGUGUGGUGGCAAGAGUAUAAAAGACUGAGUGAGAGCAGGCAAAAAGCAGAAGAAGAAAUGAAGACUUUUCUUGAUGAAGAAAGCCAUAAGAACAACUUUUUUCUUGAUUUGAGGGAAUUGGAGCAGAAAUUGUCCGAGGAGUGGGACACUUAUCAAGCAAACGCUUUAGUUCCUGUCUGGCAGCUAAAGGAGGAUUUGAAACUCAAGCUGUCUCAAGUGCAGCGUUACCUCUCAAAAGAAUCUUGUCAGAAACCCAAGAUCAAUUCAGCUGAGGUGUUACAGCAGAUCAAAUUUAUGAAGAAUCAACAGAAGGCAGUUUUGGAAGGUCUCAUCCUUGAAAGUCUGGCUUUGGAAAGAGAGCUCGAAGAGCACAAAGAAAAUGCAUUAGUGCACUCUUCUGAAGAGAAAAACGGGCUUUUCCUUGAGGUUCCCCCCGAGCUGCAGUCUCUGGAAUGCCCCUACCCUGACCUGAAGGCCUUGGUGAUCCAGCAGUACCAGGAGCUGGCCAGUGGCCACUGGGCGAAGCUUCGGGAGGUGGAGCAGCAGCUGGAAGCUUUGUCUAGGAACAGUGACUGGAAGGAAGAAGAUCAGUGGGUUUUCCGGACUGUUAUCAAUCAGUACCCAAGUGAUCUUCAGAGGAGGAGGACUUUGUACCUGGAUGUGCUGCAGAGGUAUCUUCCCCACAAAUCCAGGCAGGAGCUGGUUGCUCAUGAGAAGGCUUUGGAUCACUGCCAUUCCAUCAGAAACCAGCACAGAGUCUUGUUGUCAGCCUGGGCUCAGCUUAGGAAAGCCUUUGUCCUCAGGGCCAUGGCGACUGCUGCUGAAGCUGCUGCUGCUCACGAGGCAGAAGUGGUGCUGGCUGACUCCAGGCAAAAGCAACUGGAGAUCUGUGCUGACCUGAGAGCAAAGGUUCUACAGUGGAAAGCACAGCAGGAAGAAGCUGCUAAACUAGAAGCUGCUGUAGCUGCCAGAAGAAAAGAAAAGGAAGAUGAGAGAGAAAGGCUACAGAGGGAACAGGAAACCAUCCGUAGAGCUCAGGAUAAAGAGAAACUGAAAAAAUACUGGGCUGAGAAAGAGCUCAAGUGGCAAGAACAGGAGGAGAGAGAUCUACAACAGCUGGAGGAAUUGAGAAAAUUAAUGGCUGAACAAGCAGCCAAAGACAGAGAAAGGGUGCGGUUCCGACGCGCCUUGCUGGAGAAGCGGCUGCUGCAGAAGAAGGAGCUGGCGCUGCGGCAGGCCCGGCAGGAGGAGGAGAAGGAGAAGCGCCUGGAAGCGCUCCGGCAGCAGGUUGCCGUUGUUGCAAAACUGGAUCCAGCCAGAGCAGUGGCUGACACGGUGGCGUCAAAAGCUCGGAUGGGCAUUGGAGCCAACGACGAGUUUGAGCUGCAGCAGCCCCUGUUCAGGCUGCACACCUACAGGGAAGAGCAGGUCAUUUCUGACCCCAGGCUCCGUGUCGAGCUCGCUCUCCGAGAAGCUGGACUGCAUAAAACACUUUAUGCAAGAGAGGUUUUGUCAAAACUUCCUCCACUGAAGCUUCCAAGAAGAGACAUGGAAUCGACAGCUUUUAAAAUGUAGAGCACAUCUCAUCUGAGGGGCAGAGCAGCACCAGGGCUCUGGUCUGGCCCACGAUAUGCAAACCUUAAAUUCCCUGUGGCUGUCCUGGAACUGCUCUGUUCGCUGUGCGUGCAGCGAGCACUCCAAGCCUUUCUGAGCUGGGCUGCAGCAGGUUACACCGGGCCGGGCGGGUCUGCAGAGGCUGGGCUGUGUGCUCCUGGGCUCCUGCAGUGGGAUUGCCCUUGUCCCUUUCCACUGCGAGCUGCGACGCCUUGCUUAAGGGCUCCUGCACACAGCCCAGCCAGUCUGACGUGCAGCACCUUGAGUAGGAAUUCUUGGGAUUUAAUUGGCAGCAGAAGUCCAAAACAGCUUUACACAGCAGUUACUUUAGAUUUUAUUAUGUUACAUGAAUAAAUCCCAC